GUGGUAGUGAGGCGGUGAAGCAGCGACCACGCGGCCACCACCACCACCACCACGUCCUGUAGGACGCCCUCAGACGGUACUCCCCCAGACGGUACAUGUAGGAGUCGCUAGCCAGGUAGCACCCAAGACUACUCUCAGUCAAACAACUUCAGUCAUCAACGUCACAAACUGGACGUAGCAUAGAGAAGUAGUCACCCGGAACAGACCCAUCAGUACUAUACGUGUAACGAAUAAAGAUAAGCUGGAAAGUGAAGAGACCAAGCAACUGCAGGCAGUAUAGAGAAAAAUAAACAAGACAAAAUUUUACAUGAGGAAAUGCCAGAGCCAUUUUCUGAGGAGGCCAACAACUGGGAAUUUUGGUGUUGCAGAGCCUUUUAUGCAUUAUUUACUUACAUAAAAUCCUGCUUCCUGUUGUGGAGAAAAAAUGGAAGUGCACUUAGAGGCUCAGGCAAGCAUUAUUCUUCAUCCUGGGUCACGAUAUUUGCGUAUAGGGCGUCCUUCAGACUCUGUUCCUCACACUGUUCUCCAUGCAAUCGCUCGCAAAAGACGAAGUGGUGUUUCAUCUUAUUGCGAUCCAUUUCUGGUUCCUCAAGCCAAGUUGGAUGGAGAUGGUAUACAGGAGUUGGAAGAGUGCCGUCUGAAAGUUAGUCACAUCCUACAGUCAUCUCUGAUGUCAGAUGGGUCCCGACGCUUUGCUACGCCUCCCCAGCAGAUUGCAGUCUAUAAUAAGCGCAUACAGCCUGUCCAGGAUGAUGAUGGAGAACCAUCACCACCUUGGGUGUGCACUGACAAAGAAUACAUAGUUGGAGAUGAGAUAUUGUCUCUGCACCCCAGCCUGGAAUUCAAUGUCCAUUUUCCCAUUGUGCGUGGCGAUCUCAAUAUCCAUAGUGGUUUGGGUGGAUCUGUUAGUGCUGUACUGGCUGACUUGGAGACCAUUUGGGGCCAUUGUAUUUCAACAAUUCUCAAUGUUCCACUCAAGGAUCUCAAGUUUUAUCGGGCCGUGUUAAUCAUUCCUGACAUAUACAACCGUGACCACGUGAAGAAGUUGACCAACUUGUUACUGAACGGUCUGGGGUUUGGUGGCUGCUUUGUACUACAGGACCACGUGGCGGCGACCUUCGGAGCUGGUCUGGGUUAUGCCUGCGUGGUGGACGUGGGCGAUCAGAAGACCUCCAUCUCGUGCGUGGAGGACGCCAUCUCUCACCCAGCCACCAGGUUGCGGCUUGACUACGGUGGCAGUGAUGUUACUCAGGUAUUCUACUGGCUGUUGAAGAAGUGUGGUUUCCCACAUCAAGUGAACCUCCACAAAAAACUUGAUGCAAUGUUACUCAACAAACUUAAACAUGAGUUCUGCCAUGUUAAUCUGAAUGAGUGUGGUGCUCAGGAGAAGACCUUCAGCGUUCACAACCCUGGAGAAGUGCCCUCCACCUACACCAUCCAGAUGGGGGAUGAACUUAUAGUUGCAGCCCUUAGCCUCUUCUAUCCUGAUCUACUCAAAAUUACUGGUCCCAAGGCAACCCUGACUCAGAAGCCAAACCCAGGUGACCCUGAUGAUCCCUUUGAUGAAAAUUACCUCAGAGAGACCAGUAGAAGAGGUUGUCGGGAAGCAGCUGAAGCAAUGGAAGUUGGUGGUGGUGAGGGAGGCGAUGCAGGAGAGGAAGAUAUUGUAGUAGAUGACCAGCCAUUGCCCCCAGCUCAGGUGGUCCCCUCAAUGUCUGUACGCAAUGAUUCUUCAACAUUUUCUAGCACAGAGAAGUUACUUUCCUUAGAGCAAGCCAUCCUCACCAGUAUAGACAGAUGUCAAAGUGAUGAAAUGAAAAGGAAAAUGUAUAGCAGCAUCUUAAUUGUUGGAGGAGGAGCAAAAUUUAAAAGUAUUGGAAAAUGGCUACAAAGCAGACUAACACUUCAAAUUCCUGUUGCGUACAGGCCAGAACAAAUUGAGAUCAUCACACGUGCCAAGGAUAUGGAUCCAUGUAUGACGGCUUGGAAAGGGGCAGCACUGAUGACUUGUUUAGAGGGCAGCAACGAAUUGUGGAUACAACAGUCAGAGUGGAACAAACAUGGAGUGAAGAUCUUGCGGGAAAAAUGUCCAUUUAUAUGGUAAAUUGCUUGUGUAAUAUAUAAUAAAUUAUAUAUAUUA